ACAUUUAAUUUAUUUAGUUUUUAUAAACAUGCAACUAAUCUAACAUUAGUUACACUGCAUUACUAAAACUUAAUAAAUUUAUACAAAUUACGAUGGUUCAAUAUUCUCCAGAAGAUCUUCAGACCGUUUUGGAGCUAGAUAGCCGCUAUUAUGGAUUCCUUGAUUUGUCGAGCGCAAAAAAUUGUGAAAUUAAGGAGCUUAUUCAGCAAACAAUUACAGCUUUGCAAGAUGAAGUCGCCAGUUCUCAUUCGAUAAAUAUUAAGCAACGCGAAGGAAAACAUAUGCAUUUGAAAAGUGAAUUUGCGAUCAAAGAUGAACCCCACAUUAAGGAAAAUGCUAUUAAAAAGGAAUUGGACUCAAAGGACUUCAAGUUUGAAUUGCCUGCUGAAAUUUCAUCCGACAAGCGAAAGCAGGAAAUCGGCGAGGUAGACGUUAAUACAUAUUGUAAACUCGGCCACCUGCAUCUGCUUAUGGCUCAGUACUCUGAAGCACUAUCUGCAUAUCAAAAAUAUAUGCGAUUUUGUGAAAAAUACUGGAAUAAUCACACAUUUCUCUAUGGCAUGGGCAUCGUUUAUUUUGAAUUCCGUUGCUUCAAAUGGUCAAUAAAAUUAUUUCAAGAACUUUUAUACCUAAACCCAUAUUUUCCCUGUGCGAAUGAAGUCCAUCUACGCUUAGGACUGAUGCUAAAAGCUAAUGGUGAUUUUCGUAGUGCACUUAAACAUUUGCAAUUGGCGUUGGUUGAUACAUCGCCUUCAACGCUUUCGGAUCUUCAAGUGAAAUUUCAAAUAGCUCAUCUGUAUGAAGUGCAGAACAAGCACAAGGCUGCAAAAGAAUCUUAUGAAUUUAUAUUAAAUGAUAAGAAUAUAUCGUUGGAUCUAAAAGCGGAUAUAUAUAGACAAUUAGGAUGGAUGUAUCAUUGUGUAGAAUGCCUAGGCGAAAAAAAAGAACGUGAAUCGAAUGCAUUACGUUUUUUACAAAAAUCAAUUGAAGCCGAUCCAAAGUCUGGACAAUCAUUAUAUUUACUGGGAAGAUGUUACGCCGGUGUCAAUAAGGUUCACGAUGCGUUUUUAGCUUAUCGCAAUUCUGUCGAAAAGAGUGAAGGAAAUGCGGAUACCUGGUGUUCAAUUGGUGUCUUAUAUCAACAGCAAAAUCAGCCUACGGAUGCACUCCAAGCAUACAUAUGCGCAGUUCAGUUAGAUAAAGAGCACAGGUCGGCCUGGACGAAUCUGGGUAUUUUAUACGAAAGUUGCGGACAGUUGCGGGAUGCAUAUGCGUGCUAUUUGAAUGCAGUAAAACGGAAUUUAAACCAGAAAAUAAACACUGCCAAUGAAGGAAAUAAAUCAAUAUUUUUAAAGAGCACUACAAACGGGUUGACUAAGGGUCUGGCGCAACGAGUAAAAUUUCUGGAAUCACAACUUAGCCAAGCACCACUGCCAAGUAUAACGUCCAAGCGCCGCACACUUUGUUCUAUUGAAGAGGCCUGGAAUCUUCCCAUAUCAUUAGAAAUUAAUUCGCGUCAACAACAGCAAACCGUUCAAAUGCAGCAAAGACAGUUUGGGAAAACUUCAUCAUUACAGGGACCGCCGCCACCCUACCCUCACAACCACGGAACUCAAAGCAAUCCAGCAAAACGGGCAAAGGACGAUAGUGAAUACUCAGUUAGGAAUCGAGCGGAGCAUCAAAUUGCUAACUUGGGUCAAGCGGAAAUGAAUUCGUCGCUGCAACUUUCACAACAAAAUCAAAAAAUCAUAAUUGAUCAGCCAGAUCAAGUUGUUCAUCCGAUAACCACUCAAAAUCGCCAAAGCCUUACAAAUAGCACAUCUCCGAAUGAUGUUAUCUCAGAAAGAACCAAUUUUCAUUCAUAUUUUUCUGAAGUAUUAUCAAGUAACGACAUGAGAGAGAACAAUGAAUCCAUCGAUUUGGAGCGCAUUUUGUCUACCAAUGAUCAGGUUUCAAUGGGUGUUUCUGAUCAGUCGAUACAAGUGCGUAUUCAAAAUAUUUCAUCAGAAUUAGUCGAUGAUUGUCCGGGUUUAGUUAAUAGUGAUGAUGGUAAGAUAAUCGUUAAAUACGAGACACAAAGCAAUGAUGAUACUCAAAAUAUUUAUAAAGAACAAAAGACCAAAAUUGAAUCUGAUAAUGAACUCGAUUCAUCACCUACAUUUAAUAUACAAAUGGACUCCAAACAAUUGUGUUCGGCUGUCAAGCUUUUAUCGGUUGAUGAGCCACCAAUAAACUUUACAGUGCUAACAAGAAAUGCACCUCCGCCUGCGCCGCCGGAUUGUCCGCCACAAAGACUAACCAGAGAGCAGCUCCUGCCACCCACUCCAUCGGUUCACUUGGAAAAUAAAAAGAAUGCAUUCUGCCCGCAGCUGCAAGAGUUUUGCCUAAAGCAUCCAAUUGCUGUUGUACGCGGCUUGGCUGGCGCUCUUAAGUUAGAUUUGGGACUUUUUUCAACUAAAACCUUGGUUGAGGCAAAUCCAGAUCACAGUGUUGAGGUCAGAACUCAAGUGAAUCAGUCUCCUGAUGAAAACUGGGACGUAUCCCAAGCAAAGAGAGUAUGGGCUUGUAUAUCACAUCGAUCACACACAACGAUUGCAAAGUAUGCUCAAUAUCAGGCAUCAAGUUUUCAAGAUAGCCUCAAGGAUGAGGGCGAUAAGGGCUCCGCCGGUUCUCAAGUGAUGUCGGACUCGGAUUCCAAGGAUUCAGUAUCUAAUUCGAAUAUUAAUUUAAAGCGUAAAAAACAGAAAAACGGUAGUAAAAUGCUAAGAUUUGGAACCAAUGUUGAUUUAUCUGAUGAGCGAAAAUGGAAGCCACAACUGAGUGAAUUACAAAAGUUACCUGCCUUUGCUAGAGUAAUUUCAGCUGCCAAUAUGUUGUCACAUGUAGGCCAUGUCAUUUUGGGAAUGAAUACGGUGCAAUUAUACAUGAAGGUGCCAGGGAGUAGAACACCUGGCCAUCAAGAAAAUAAUAACUUUUGCUCAAUUAACAUAAAUAUUGGACCCGGAGAUUGCGAAUGGUUCGCUGUCCCAGAUGCCUACUGGGGUGGAAUCCAUAAUCUUUGCGAAAAGAACAGUAUCAGCUACUUACACGGAUCGUGGUGGCCGGUUUUAGAAGACUUAUAUAAGGAAAACAUACCAGUAUAUAGAUUCAUACAAAAACCUGGUGACUUAGUUUGGGUAAAUGCUGGAUGUGUUCAUUGGGUCCAGUCUGUCGGGUGGUGCAAUAACAUUGCAUGGAAUGUUGGACCACUAACUGCACGUCAGUAUUCUCUUGCCAUAGAAAGAUAUGAGUGGAACAAGCUUCAGAGUUUUAAAAGUAUUGUUCCCAUGGUACACUUAAGCUGGAACUUGGCAAGAAAUAUAAAGGUUUCAGAUGUAAAGCUUUUUGAGCUAAUAAAAAUGUGCUUGUGUCAAUCAUUAAAAAAUGUGUUGCAUAUUCAAGAAUAUGUAAAGUCCAAAGGAGUCGAAAUACGAUUUAAUGGUCGUGGCAAAAACGAUUCAUCCCAUUAUUGUGGGCAAUGUGAAGUCGAAGUUUUCAACGUGUUGUUCAUAAGAGAACAGGAGAAAAGGCAUGUUGUCCAUUGUCUACCUUGUGUACUGAAGCUGUCACCAUCAUUGCAAGGCAUUGUUUGCCUGGAGGAGUAUCGAUUGUCAGAGCUGGAGAAUGUUUAUGAUUCUUUUACGCUGUAUAGAACGCAGGGGCUUGGACAAGCACAUUAAUAUAUAAUAAUUAUACACCUUUCAUAAAAUAAUAUUUUAAUACUUUUAAUAUAUUGUACUUUUUAAACAUACCGAAAAGAAAUGAUUAAAUUAAUCUAGGUCACUGAAUUAA